CCGGCCGCCCGCGCCCGCGCGCCGAGGCGAUGCCGGACCAGAUCACCGUGUCGGAAUUCGUGGCCGAGACCCAUGAGGACUACAAGGCGCCCACGGCCUCGAGCUUCACCACGCGCACGGCGCAGUGCCGGAACACGGUGGCGGCCAUCGAGGAGGCUUUGGACGUGGACCGGAUGGUUCUUUACAAAAUGAAGAAAUCCGUGAAAGCAAUAAAUAUCUCUGGGCUGGCCCACGUGGAGAACGAAGAGCAGUACACCCAGGCCCUGGAGAAGUUCGGCGGCAACUGCGUGUGCAGAGACGACCCGGACCUGGGAAGCGCGUUUCUGAAGUUCUCUGUGUUUACCAAGGAGCUGACGGCGCUUUUCAAAAACCUGAUUCAGAAUAUGAACAACAUCAUCUCCUUUCCUCUGGACAGUCUGCUGAAGGGGGACCUGAAAGGCGUGAAAGGGGAUCUGAAAAAGCCUUUUGAUAAAGCUUGGAAGGACUAUGAAACAAAAAUCACCAAGAUUGAGAAGGAGAAGAAGGAGCACGCCAAGCUGCACGGGAUGAUUCGCACCGAAAUCAGUGGGGCAGAAAUUGCCGAGGAGAUGGAGAAGGAGCGGCGGCUUUUCCAGCUGCAGAUGUGCGAGUAUCUGCUGAAGGUCAAUGAAAUUAAGAUUAAAAAGGGAGUGGAUUUACUUCAGAAUCUGAUCAAAUAUUUCCAUGCCCAAUGCAACUUUUUCCAGGACGGACUGAAAGCAGUUGAGAGCCUCAAGCCUUCCAUUGAGACACUUUCAACAGACCUUCACACAAUCAAGCAGGCCCAGGAUGAAGAAAGAAGGCAGUUGAUACAGCUUCGCGAUAUUUUGAAAUCAGCCUUGCAGGUUGAACAGAAAGAGUCUAGGAGAGAUUCACAAAUUCGCCAGAGUACAGCCUAUAGUUUACAUCAGCCUCAGGGAAACAAGGAGCACGGGACCGAGCGGAACGGCAGCCUGUACAAGAAGAGCGAUGGGAUCCGAAAAGUGUGGCAGAAAAGGAAGUGUUCGGUCAAAAAUGGCUUUCUGACCAUAUCCCACGGCACCGCCAACCGGCCUCCCGCAAAGCUCAACCUGCUAACCUGUCAAGUGAAGACCAACCCCGAGGAGAAGAAGUGUUUUGACCUUAUUUCACAUGACAGGACGUACCACUUCCAAGCGGAAGACGAACAGGAAUGUCAAAUAUGGAUGUCCGUGCUGCAGAACAGCAAGGAAGAAGCUUUAAACAACGCAUUUAAGGGGGAUGACAAUACUGGAGAAAAUAACAUCGUCCAAGAGCUGACCAAGGAGAUCAUCGCGGAAGUGCAGAGGAUGACGGGCAAUGACGUGUGCUGUGACUGCGGGGCACCCGAUCCUACCUGGCUCUCCACCAAUCUGGGCAUCCUGACCUGUAUCGAGUGUUCCGGAAUCCACCGAGAGCUCGGGGUUCACUACUCCAGGAUGCAGUCGCUGACAUUAGAUGUAUUGGGAACAUCUGAGCUGCUGCUUGCCAAGAAUAUUGGGAAUGCAGGCUUCAAUGAGAUUAUGGAAUGCUGCCUUCCGGCUGAGGACUCGGUCAAGCCCAACCCGGGCAGUGACAUGAAUGCCAGGAAGGACUACAUUACUGCCAAGUACAUCGAGAGGAAGUAUGCGAGGAAGAAGCAUGCGGACAAUGCAGCAAAGCUCCACAGCCUUUGUGAGGCCGUCAAAACCAGAGACAUUUUUGGGUUACUCCAAGCGUAUGCUGAUGGCGUGGAUCUCACAGAAAAAAUCCCACUGGCCAACGGACACGAGCCGGAUGAAACCGCCCUGCAUCUUGCCGUCAGAUCGGUGGACCGGACUUCUCUCCACAUCGUAGACUUUUUAGUCCAGAACAGUGGGAACCUGGAUAAGCAGACGGGGAAGGGCAGCACCGCCCUGCACUACUGCUGCCUGACCGACAACGCCGAGUGCCUGAAGCUGCUCCUGCGGGGCAAGGCCUCCAUCGAGACGGCCAAUGAGUUGGGAGAGACGCCGCUGGACAUCGCCAGACGCCUCCGGCACGAGCACUGUGAGGAGCUGCUGACCCAGGCCUUGUCUGGAAGGUUUAAUUCCCAUGUCCACGUCGAGUACGAGUGGCGGCUGUUGCACGAAGACCUGGACGAGAGCGAUGACGAUGUGGACGAGAAACUGCAGCCCAGUCCCAGUCGGCGAGAAGACAGGCCCGUCAGCUUCUACCAGCUGGGGUCCAGCCAGCUGCAGUCAAAUGCCGCCUCUUUGGCCAGAGAUGCCGCCAGCCUGGCCAAGGACAAGCAGAGGAGCUUUGUGCCCAGCAUCUUGCAGAACGAGACGUACGGAGCCGUCCUCAGCGGCAGCCCGCCACCCUCCCAGCCUGUGGCCCCCAGCACGGCCAGCGCCCCCCCACUGCCCCCACGGAACGUUGCCAAAGUUCAGCCAGCCUCCUCCGCUAACGCCCUGUGGAAGACAAACUCUGUAAGUGUGGACGGUGUAAGCAGGCAGCGAUCUUCGUCAGAUCCGCCAGCUGUCCAUCCACCGCUGCCCCCUCUUCGCGUGACGUCUACCAACCCCCUGGCUCCCACGCCGCCCCCUCCAGUGGCGAAAACGCCCAGUGUGAUCGAAGCCUUGAGCCAGCAGAGCAAGCCGGCCCAGCCCGGGGUCCCCCCGAGCAAGGCCCUGCCCCCGCCCCUGCCCCCCCAGCCGCCCAGCCGCCUCCCGCAGAAGAGGCCUGCUCCCGGGGCCGACAAGUCGACCCCACUGAUCAACAAAGGCCAGCCGAGAGGACCUGUGGAUCUCUCUGGAACGGAAGCUCUGGGUCCUCUGUCCAGCAGCGUGGUCUUGCAGCCCCCAGCCCCCAUGCCCAGGAAGUCACAGACCACCAAGUUAAAGCCCAAGCGGGUCAAAGCUCUCUACAACUGUGUGGCUGACAACCCUGACGAGCUGACGUUCUCCGAGGGGGACGUGAUCAUCGUGGACGGGGAGGAGGACCAGGAGUGGUGGAUCGGCCACAUUGAUGGGGACCCCAGUCGCAAAGGAGCGUUUCCUGUAUCAUUUGUGCACUUUAUUGCUGACUGAAUUGCUACUGAACAAAAAACCCACUUCUUUUAACAGCUGUUAUGUCCCUGUUCUGUUAUUGGUGCCCAGACUCUUGCCAGAAUGACCGGUUCCAUGAAACGUAUUGUAGGGCAGCCCACGUUCGCCAGCACCGCUCUUCUGUUUUACGCACUCAGAGGCAACUGUGUGUGUAUAUAAAUGGAUUCUUUCUAUAAGUUGUGGUUUUCAUGAAAUACUGCCAUACUUCUGUUAGGAAAAACUGACUUCCCUAAAAGGUGAACUGAGAAGUUAUUUUAGCUGUGUAAUCGAGACCCUCAACCUACAGAAUUAGCUGAACCUGAAAACGUUUGAGGAUUAGAAAUUCCUCAGCUCUCCUCAGCCUGCUUCUAGAGUCGGUUAGUCAGUUGUCUUUGGUUGGUAAACUUGCUUUAGAAGUAGCCCAGUCCUGGACUGUCUAGAUAAAAUGCUGUCAGUUCACCUUUAAAGACUUUUUUUUUUUAAGAAACCUUUAAAGAUUUCCUUUGAAAUCCACCCAAGGUUUAGUUCAAGCAACUUGGAAAUUGACGCCUUAGCGUUGUACUUUCCAGCCCUAAUUUGUGAGGUUGCAACUAUCACUGUAUUCUGCAUGUGCGUGUAGCCUGUUGUGAACAAUCCUGCUUAACCAAGCUACCUAUGGUUUAUUACGGCAUAUGGUCCUAGCAGUUAAUUCAGUUCCACGUUAGAGAAAACUGCAUUUCCUGAAUUUGGUUAAAGACUAAGGAUGAUGGAUUGCAAAACAGUUCUUUAGUUUAUAUGCUUUAGGUGUUCUAGAACUUGCCUUCUUGACCCUCCUCCGUCACCCAGCUAGAGUACCGUGGCACAGACCCCACUGUGUUCACACACACUUGCCGUUUCCUAUUGAGUGUACUGCUGCCUUCCCUCUCCGGCUCCCCGAGAAUGUUUACUCAAUUUAGUGUCUUGUGUUUAUAUACUACGCCAGCAGGAAUGGUAGUUAUGCUGUCUUGAAGUCGAAUCUGUCCGCUUGUAACCAAGAGCAUAUCUGAAAUUUAUAGGUCCCAGGUAAUAAAACACUCCUGGACAGACAUCCACUGUCUACUGAAAUCCAUCAUGUCAUUCUCACUGGGGGUGGGGGGUUAGGUUGUGUUACAAUAAACCAAAAUUCGUGAGUUUAACCAACUUGAUUAUCAUACCUCUAUUUAGUAAUCGUGAGUAUAAGAUUCGUAAUAGGAAUACUGGACAUUGCGGCACUCUUUGAGAAUAGGCCGAUAAUGCCCACUUGCAUUUUUACCAGAACUAAAGGGAUAAGCUUAGGUCCAGGCUUGGAAAGCGAGGCAGCGAUGUUUUCAUCGCAUGGUUACGAUGGUACCUUUGAUUGGAGCAGCCUGUCUCUAUUAGUAAGUGCAGAGCUUUUUGUGUUUUUUUUUUUCCAUUAUUAAUUGCAUUCUACUUUUUAUUGUUCUUAUAAAGGAAAA